ACUGCCUCCUGCCCUCCUCCGCUGCACCCACCGGGGCGGCCGCCGCCGCCACCAUGAGAGCCCUCAUCACCCUCUCCAGGCUCACCCGCCGGCUCCUCCCGUCCCUCGCCGCCUCCCACGCGCCGCGUCCCCUCCUCCUGCGUGGCCUCCACGGCGAAUCACCGCCGCCGCCGCCUCCUUUCCAAGCGCCGCCACCCAUCGCCUCCCGGAUCCUCCAGUCCGAGCUGGAGCCGAGCGCGGACGCGGAGCAGGAGGGGGAUGCGGAGCAGCCGGACUCCGACCCGGACCUCGAUGAGUUCCUCGCGCGCUUCGUCGCCAAGCUCCGGCCGAUCCUCGCCGCCGCGUUCCCCACCAAUGACCGCCACGUGCUCGACGAAAUGCUGCGCCUCGUCGCGGAGGCCGUCAUGUGCCGCCUCACGGGCGUUGACCCCGGGGAUGACGCCGUCGAGCUCAGCGACGACCUCUGGGCGGCGGUGUGGGAGGUCAGCGCCUCCGUGCGCGACGGGAUGCAGCGCGACCGAGUCCGCGCCGAGCUACGGGACUACCUCCACUGCGACGAGGUGAAGGAGAUGACGCGGUUCGCGGCGGACGUUGGCAUUCGCGGCGACAUGCUACGUGAGCUGCGCUUCAAGUGGGCCCGUGAGAAGCUUGAGGAGGUCGAGUUCUACCGAGGCCUCGACGACAUGCGCGCCCAGGCCGAGGCGGCUGCUAACCCUGUCGCACUCCCAGCGCCCAGGCUGACAGCUUUGCCGCAGAGGAAGGGGGAAAUCAAGUUCAAGAUUCAUGGGCUGGACUUGUCGGAUCCAACGUGGGGUGAGGUUGUGGAGCGGGCGGCCGAGGCUGAAGCACACUUUGUGCCAGAGGAGGCCAAGGCUGUAGAAGGGAAAGCAAAGAAGGCUGAGGAGAAGCUGCUAGCAGUUGAUCCAAGGAAAGGAGACCCGGUGCCUGCCAUGGAGGAGUGGAAGGAUGAGCUCUGGCCGAAACGUGCUGACUGGAUGGCGCUGCUUGAGCGUGUUAAGGCCCGGAAUGUCGAGUUGUACCUCAAGGUUGCUGAAAUUCUGUUGGCUGAAGAAUCUUUUGGCGCAACCAUUCGUGAUUACUCUAAGUUAAUUGAUCUUCACUCUAAAGCAAAUCAUGUGGAAGAUGCAGAAAGGAUUCUUGGUAAAAUGAAAGAGAAGGGCAUUUCACCUGAUGUACUCAUAUCCAUCACUUUAGUCCACAUGUAUAGCAAGGUGGGGAAUCUUGAACAAGCCAAUCAGGCUUUUCAAUUUCUUAAGGGGGAAGGCUUUCCACCAGAUAUCAAACUAUUCACAUCAAUGAUCAAUGCUCAUCUUAAGUCUGGAGAUCUAAAACGAGCAGAAAAUCUGUUACAUGAAUUGGAGAAAUCGCUCAAACCCACCAAGGAACUAUACAUGGAUGUGAUUCAGGCAUUUGCUGAGCAUGGCAUGACAGAUGGAGCCGAGAGGGUGAAAACAAUGAUGUUUCUUGCUGGGUACCAACCCACCCCGGAGUUAUUCACAUCACUUAUAGAAGCAUAUGGACGGACUGGUCACUCUGACUGUGCAUAUCCCUUGUUUGAGCAGAUGAGGAGGUCUGGGCAUGAACCAGAUGAUCGUUGCCUUGCUGGUAUGAUGCUUGCCUACAUGACAAAGAACCAACUAGACAAGGCUUUGAAAUUCCUGUUGAAUCUAGAGAAGGACGGACUCAAACCUGGAGUUAAGACCAACCUUGUCUUGCUGGAUUGGCUAUCUAGGUUGCAGCUAGUGCAAGAAUCUGAACAACUAGUGCAGAAGAUUAGAAAGGCCGGAGAGGAGCCCAUGGAGAUGCAUGUUUUCCUUGCCGAUAUGUAUGCAAAGUCACGACAAGAAGAAAGAGCCCGCAAAUCCCUCAAGAUUUUGGAAGAAAAGAAGAAAGUAUUGAAGGCUGAACAGUUUGAGAGGAUUAUAGGAGGCCUCCUCGAAGGGGGGUUCACGGAAGAAGCAAAUAAAUACUUCAAAAUGAUGAAAGCACGUGGCUUUGUUCCAUCGCCAACGAUUGAGAUUGGGGUCAAGGCUAGUUUUGGGGUCAAGGGUGGUGUUAAUCCUAGGCAUCGGGGUUAAGGCUUUUAUACCUAGGCAGUGAUCAACUACUAUCCAGGCUCUGAUUCUGGUACAAAACUCUUGAGGUAGCACUGAUGACGGCACAGCCAUUCAGCUCAACUGAAGUGACGAAAAAUCCUGGCAUCGGUUGGUUUUGUUUGAUUUGAUAUUGAAUGUCUUCAUUUUGAAGAUGCAUCCAUGAACUAUGGAUUCAUACAACCUGUUAUUGCCAUGAUUUUUUUCCUCGUCAUUUGGACUUUGCAUGAUCACAUCUAAUAAGUUUUUUUAGUCAUUGUAACGCCUGGAUCUCUAGAUUGUGCCAAGCAGUCAGGUUUGUCUAUGCAAAUAGCAGUUACUUGUUUUUCAUACUUGUGACUUACCUUUGAUUAGCAUUCAUACCGAAUGAACAAUUUAUUACAAUGUGAAACGGUGCACCUUCACAUAUGCGCUAAGACGCGCCUCUGAUCAGCCUGUUUAUCGUGUAAAUUCUUUCUGUGCUUGUGGUAAUAUUGGAGCGAACAGUGUAAAUCUUGAGUAAUGAACU